AUGGAGGACCUUUCAGAUGUAUUUGACAUUUACGCCAUCUGCGCAUGCUGCAAGGUCGCCCCCACCAGUGAAGGGACAAAGAAUGAACCGUUCAGCCCGCGGACCUUUAGGGGUCUGGGCAAUAAGGGGACUCUCCCAUGGAAAUGCAACUCCGUCGAUAUGAAGUACUUCAGCUCGGUGACGACCUACGUGGAUGAGUCAAAGUAUGAGAAGCUAAAGUGGAAGAGGGAGAGGUACCUACGAAUGGAAGCCUCACAGGGGGGGGGUGACAACACAAGCGGUGGUGACAACACACACGGUGGUGACAACGCCGACAAGCUGCAAAACGUCGUGGUCAUGGGGAGAAGCAGCUGGGAGAGCAUCCCCAAGCAGUACAAGCCGCUCCCAAACAGAAUCAACGUCGUGCUUUCCAAGACGCUAACAAAGGAAGACGUGAAGGAAAAGGUCUUCAUAAUUGACAGCAUAGAUGACCUACUGCUGCUCUUAAAGAAGCUGAAGUACUACAAAUGCUUCAUCAUUGGGGGAGCACAAGUUUAUAGGGAAUGCCUAAGUAGAAACUUAAUCAAGCAGAUCUACUUCACGAGGAUCAACGGCGCCUACCCGUGUGACGUCUUCUUCCCCGAGUUUGACGAAAGCCAGUUUCGGGUGACGUCCGUCAGUGAGGUGUACAACAGCAAGGGCACCACUCUGGACUUUUUGGUUUACAGCAAGGUGGGGGGGGGAGUUGACGGGGGCGCCUCCAACGGGAGCACUGCGGACAGCGCUUCGGAGAACUGCAAUGCGUUGAACUGCAAUGCGCCGAAAUGUAGCGCCCCGAACUGCCGCUCCCCCAAUGGGGGGACCGCACAGCAGGGCGAAUGGGGAAAGGGCCCCGCCGCGUGCCCGUGGCAGAAGAACAACGCCGAGGCAGAGGAAGACGACCUCGUGUACUUCAGCUUUAACAACAAAGUGGGGGAGAAAAACCCGGAGCACCUGCAAGAUUUUAAAAUUUACAACAGCCUGAAGAUUAAGCAGCACCCAGAGUACCAAUACCUAGGCAUCAUAUACGACAUCAUCAUGAAUGGAAACAAACAAGGAGACAGAACAGGUGUGGGAGUGAUGAGCAAAUUUGGCUACAUGAUGAAAUUUAAUUUAAGUGAAUACUUCCCCCUAUUAACAACAAAGAAGUUAUUUUUGAGGGGAAUAAUUGAGGAACUGCUUUGGUUCAUUCGAGGAGAAACAAACGGAAACACUUUGUUAAAUAAAAACGUGAGGAUAUGGGAAGCAAAUGGAACGAGGGAGUUCCUCGACAACAGGAAAUUAUUCCACAGAGAAGUGAAUGACUUGGGGCCCAUUUAUGGCUUCCAGUGGAGACACUUCGGUGCUGAAUACACAAAUAUGCAUGACAAUUACGAAGAUAAAGGUGUAGACCAAUUAAAAAAUGUUAUUCAUUUAAUAAAAAAUGAACCAACAAGUAGGAGAAUUAUUUUGUGUGCAUGGAAUGUAAAAGAUUUGGAUCAAAUGGCUUUACCUCCUUGUCAUAUUUUAUGCCAAUUUUACGUUUUCGAUGGGAAACUAUCAUGCAUUAUGUACCAGAGGUCUUGUGACUUGGGUCUUGGGGUCCCCUUCAACAUCGCUUCGUAUUCCAUAUUCACACACAUGAUUGCGCAGGUGUGCAAUUUGCAGCCUGCACAGUUCAUACACAUUUUGGGCAACGCGCACGUCUACAACAACCAUGUUGACAGCUUGAAAGUGCAGCUGAACAGGAUCCCCUACCCGUUCCCAACGCUUAAACUGAACCCGGAGGUGAAGAACAUUGAGGAUUUUACCAUUUCGGAUUUCACAAUAGAGAAUUACGUGCACCACGAUAAAAUCGCCAUGGAGAUGGCCGCCUAGGCUCG